CGGAUUCUCAUUGUUUUCGCUCUCUCUCAAUCCUUCUCCCUCCGAUCUGCCUUGUGCGUGCGUUCGUGCUUGCGUACGUACGUACGUUUGCUUCUUCAAUGGCGGCAAGAUCCUUGUGGAGAACCCGUACAAAGCUCCUCGUUGUUGGUUCCGCCGUAUGCGGUGGUUCCGGCGCUGCCUUUAUUGCUUCCUCCGAAGAUCCCUCGCGAACUCUCAAGCUCUGCACCAACAUCCCUGUCCGCCUCUUCCGAAACACCGUAACAGCUGCCUCCAUCGCCUUCGAUUAUGAAUACUCCUUGUCGGGUUUGGCUGAGGGAAGCAAUGAGAUGGCUAAGGUCAAACAUGAAGUCCACCUAAGGUCAGCUCAAAAGCUUCAAGAGCUCUGUUUCAAAAAUGGAGGAAUCUAUAUCAAACUCGGCCAGCAUAUAGGACAACUAGAUUAUCUUGUGCCUGAGGAGUAUGUUCAUACGAUGAGGGAGUCUAUGUUGAACAAAUGCCCUGUCUCUUCGUAUGAGCAAGUAUGUGAGGUUUUCAAGAAAGAGGUUGGAGAGACGCCAGACAAAGUAUUUGCUGAAUUUGAUCCUGUUCCUAUUGCAAGUGCUUCCCUUGCUCAAGUUCAUGUUGCUCGCACCCAUUCCGGGGAAAAAGUCGCUGUCAAGGUUCAACAUUCCCAUUUGACAGACAGUGCAGCUGCGGAUACUGCAGCUGUUGGAGUUAUAGUGAACACCUUGCACCGGAUAUUCCCAUCAUUUGACUAUAGGUGGUUGCUAGAUGAAAUGAGUGAAAGCUUACCAAAGGAACUAGAUUUUAUGGUGGAGGCGAAAAACAAUGAGAAGUGUCUGGAAAACUUUAGGAAGAUCUCUCCCCAUAUUGCAGAGUAUGUUUAUGCUCCAACAAUCUAUUGGAACUUGAGCUCCUCUAAGAUGUUGACUAUGGAGUUCAUGGAUGGUGCUCAAGUGAAUGAUGUGGCUAAGAUCAAAAAGCUUGGGAUUCAGCCUUACGAAGUAUCAAAGCUAGUGAGUCAAACAUUUGCAGAGAUGAUGUUCAAACAUGGGUUUGUGCAUUGUGAUCCACACGCUGCCAACUUGAUUGUUCGUCCUUCCGGUAAAAGAAACAUAUACGGCAAGCAAAAACCACAGUUAGUGCUUCUCGACCAUGGCUUAUACAAGGAGCUUGACUUCAACACAAGAUUCAACUACGCUUCACUAUGGAAAGCCCUGGUCUUCUCAGAUGCCAACGCCAUCAAGAAACACAGUGAAAAGCUCGGAGCUGGAGAUGAUCUCUACGUGCUAUUCGCUGGGAUUCUUACAAUGAGACCGUGGAAGCAAGUCAUUGACACGUCAGUGGAUCAUUUAGUCAUCCAAGGCACCAAAGAAGAUAGGUCAGAGCUGCAGAUGUAUGCAUCACAGUACUUCCCUCAAAUCUCGGAGCUUCUCAGGAGGUUGCCACGUGUGAUCCUUCUGAUGCUGAAGACAAACGACUGUCUCAGGUCUGUUAACAAUGAGCUGUUGCAAGGGUCGUCGCUUGAGUCGUUCUUGAUCAUUGGGAAAGUGUCUUCAGAAGCGGUUUUGGAAGCAAAGUGGUCGGAGAAGAAGUCUUUGAUGAAGUGGUUGAAUGUUUGGCUUGAAGGAUUGUCUGUGGAAGCAAGGCUAUGGGUGAUGCAGUUCGCACUUUGGGUGUUACAAGUGAGAAAAGCAUUAACACUAUAAUAUAUAUAUAUAUAUAUAUAUAUAGUAAUAGUAUUAUCAUGAAUACGAAUAUGUUACAGCAAAUUAUAAACACACGUAUUCUUUGCUCUUGGUGUAUCCAGGAGUGACAUUUUAUCAUUCUUUGUAUACGCAGGCGAUUGUUGUUACCAAUAAAUUUAAUGUAAACUAUGAGAUUAUACAUUGUUUGUAAGGUGUGAAAAUGCUUUUCAUGACCAUUAAAUUAAUUUAA